CCCAAGCUCUCUUUCGCUACUUCAGCCUCUUGUUUUUAUUUUUGGAAUUUAAAAUUAGAUUUUAAACUAGGAUAUCUAAAAUAUCUUUUUUCGAAAAAAAAAUCCCAGCCUCUCGUCGGCCAUCAACCGGAUGGCCACGCUUCCGUGCGCCUGCUCCUUCGCGAGGCUCCCGUCCGCUGGUGCCGGCUUCCGGGAACCGCCCAGAAGGACGCCGCUCGUGUCCCUGGCGGUGACCGGACCAAGCAGGGUCCGUACUCCGAGGACCGCGAGGUGGGGGGCGAGGGGUUGGGCGUCGGCGUGCUCGACCUCGUUCCCAAGGGUGGGGAGGGUGGGGUGGCCGCGGCGGGAGGGCAACGCCUCGCUUCUCUCCUUUGGAGAGGGGCCCCCUGGCGGGUACGCCGGCGGCGAGAGGGCUGGCGGCGACCCCUCGCAGGUCAUCUCCGCCAUGCUCCCCUUUGUCGUCGCGGCCACUGCCGUCGCGGCUCUGGUGAACCCGUCGACCUUCUCCUGGGUUUCAAAAGAAUAUUAUGCUCCUGCCCUUGGAGGGAUCAUGCUAUCCAUAGGCAUCAGGCUAUCCUUUGAUGAUUUUGCCCUUGCCUUUCGAAGACCUUUACCACUAUCUGUUGGAUAUAUCGCACAAUAUGUGCUUAAGCCACUAUUGGGCCUGGUGAUUGCAAAGUUAUUCAGAAUGCCUUCAACGUUCUUCACUGGUUUUCUUCUUACUUCUUGUGUUGCGGGUGCACAGCUCUCAAGUUAUGCUAGUUUCUUGAGCAAAGGAGAUGUUGCUUUGAGUAUUCUACUAACCAGCUCAACAACAAUCUCUUCAGUUUUUGUUACGCCUCUUCUUACUGGUCUGCUGAUUGGCUCGGUGAUCCCUGUUGAUGGAGUAGCAAUGUCUAAGUCUAUUUUGCAGGUGGUGCUUCUUCCUGUAGCAUUGGGUCUUUUUCUCAACACUUAUGCAAAAGCUGUGGUGAAUGUUAUACAACCAAUAAUGCCCAUUGUUGCUAUGUUCUGUACGUCACUGUGUAUUGGAAGCCCUCUUGCUAUUAACCAGAGCCAGAUACUAUCCUCAGAGGGUCUCCUGUUGCUUUUUCCCAUAUUAACAUUUCAUCUUGUUGCCUUCAUAUUGGGCUACUGGUUUCCCAAAUUGCCACUUCUGAGUUUGUAGUGAGAUAGCAGCAAGUGUGUUGAUGUAUUGAGCUUUUCUUCAAUGGUGGCAGUAUAUGUUUGGUUCAACUGUCACCAAGUUAAUAUUUUUGAGGGUUUUCCCAGGCAAGAGGAGCCAGUUUGUAGGACAAUUUCUCUAUGCACUGGGAUGCAGAGCUCUACCCUAGCUGGCCUUCUAGCUACACAGUUCCUGGGAAGCAGCCAAGCAGUUCCUGCAGCACUAUCAGUUGUCGCGAUGGCCAUUAUGGGUUUAUGUCUUGCAUCCUUUUGGGGUAAUGGAUCACGAAUCAGAGACAUCAGCUUGAUGCAUUUGCCUCGUGCUUGUUCUGAUGUCGACUCUUGAGAAAGUCUCGGAAGAGCAUUCCUGAAGUUGUGAAUGAUGGCUUGGUCUUGAGUGCUGACUCUACACCUAGGUCUGAAAACGAAGCAGUAUCUAUACGAAUUUUGUCUUAGUAUUUCAAUAGCUUUGGAAAAUCUAUUUUCAGGUCUGAUCGAUGUAUGGCAGCAGUGGGACGGUCAAGUUGAUGUUGGCACAGCUUGCUCUUAGUUUGGAUGCUCUCGGGGAGGAAGCAUGCAGGUUCAACAGUUUUACCUCAAUGUCCUCUGUAUAUGCUUUAUUGCUAAGUCAGAAAUAAAGGCAUGCUUUAUAUCUAAAAAUGAGAGUCCACUUGUCUUUUAAUUGCUGUUUGGUAUGUGGUUUCUUGUCAACUUGUCAUGGCAUAGUUUGAGAUCUCACAUGUGCAGCAAGAUCUGCAGGUAGGAGGAAAGAAACCAGAACUCAGGUUUUAUAGUUAUUCUUUGUUAAAUAGUAGUUUUUGUCUUGCUUUUUA